GCCGGUUGGGUGCGGAAGCGGCUCUCGAGGGUGGCGGUUUCGGUUCGGCGAGCGCGGCGGGGAGGGAGCGGAGAGGAGCUCCGACCAGCGGCAGUCGCGCUCCCGCCCGCUCGUCCCCGGGUCCCCGCGCUCCACAAUGGCGGGCACCGCCGGCAACCUGCAGAAAGCAAUAGACCUUGCUAGCAAGGCAGCACAAGAAGAUAAAGCAGGAAACUAUGAGGAAGCAUUCCGCUUGUACCAACAUGCUGUGCAGUAUUUUCUCCAUGUUGUUAAAUAUGAAGCACAGGGUGAUAAAGCAAAACAGAGUAUUAGGACAAAAUGUACAGAAUAUCUGGACAGAGCAGAAAAACUGAAAGAAUAUCUGAAAAAGAGAGAAAAAACUACACCAAAGCCAGUCAAAGAAUCUGGUCCUACUGAUGGAAAAGGGAAUGACAGCGAUGGAGAAGGAGAGUCAGAGGAUCCUGAAAAAAAGAAGCUACAGAAUCAACUUCAAGGUGCAAUUGUUAUGGAACGACCAAAUGUAAAAUGGAGUGAUGUUGCUGGCCUUGAAGGUGCCAAAGAAGCACUUAAAGAAGCAGUGAUAUUGCCCAUUAAAUUUCCUCAUCUAUUUACAGGAAAGAGAACACCUUGGAGAGGGAUUCUUCUGUUUGGACCACCAGGAACAGGAAAGUCUUAUUUAGCAAAAGCUGUGGCAACAGAAGCAAACAAUUCUACUUUCUUCUCAGUGUCUUCCUCUGACCUAGUCUCAAAGUGGUUAGGAGAGAGUGAAAAGUUAGUGAAAAACUUGUUCCAGCUUGCCAGAGAAAACAAACCUUCUAUUAUCUUCAUUGAUGAGAUAGAUUCCCUGUGCGGGUCAAGAAGGGAAAAUGAAAGUGAGGCUGCUAGACGGAUUAAAACUGAGUUCCUAGUCCAGAUGCAAGGGGUUGGUGUUGACAAUGAAGGAAUCUUGGUCUUAGGAGCGACAAACAUUCCCUGGGUUUUAGAUUCUGCUAUCAGGAGGAGGUUUGAGAAACGUAUCUAUAUUCCUUUACCUGAAGACCAUGCAAGGGCUGCAAUGUUUAAACUUCAUCUUGGAUCAACACCAAAUCUCUUAACCGAAUCAGAUUAUCAGGAACUUGGAAAAAGAACUGAUGGCUAUUCUGGUGCAGAUAUAAGCAUUAUUGUACGUGACGCACUGAUGCAGCCUGUUAGAAAAGUGCAAUCAGCUACUCAUUUUAAAAAAGUAAAGGGACCAUCAUUGUCUAAUCCAAAUACCAUGGUAGAUCUGUUCACCCCUUGUUCUCCAGGGGAUCCUGAAGCCAUAGAAAUGACAUGGAUGGAGGUCCCAGGUGAUAAGUUACUGGAGCCUCAGGUUUCCAUGACUGAUAUGCUCAGAUCACUAGCUAGCACAAAACCAACAGUUAAUGAACAAGACUUGGAGAAGUUAAAGAAGUUUACAGAAGACUUUGGUCAAGAAGGUUAAACCAAAGAGAAAUGUGGAGCAUUAGAACUUUUUUUGCUUUCUUAAGUAUUCUUGUGUCUUUACUGACGGCACUUCAAAUAAAUGCCAAUAAAAUCACUCUUUUCUUUCUUUGCAGAAA